AUGAAUUGGGAGUUAUAUACAAAUUCGUCGGAAAUGAAAAAACAAGAAAGUGCAUACGAAUCAAUUACGUCUAUUAAGUACUUCGAAACUAAUAGUGUAGGGCAAAGUCUAGACAUCGAUUUUACUGAUAGGAAUAAAACUAUUAUCGAACAACUAAUUACUGACCACCUGAAUCAAGAAGAGUUGAAAGCAUUAACUGAUUUAUGUUACGAGUACUCCGAUGUAUUUUAUGUGGAAGGGGACAAAAUCGUCGGAACGGACUUAGUCACACACAGAAUAAUCACCCACCGAUCAACAUAA